AUGGAGGAAGCAUCUUUCUUCCAGUUGCGUUCCCGGACGCACACAACCGCAGGGGAAUUGGCUCCAGCUCUCAAAGCAACUAGAUACACUACCGGAAACAUUUCCAGAGAGAUGCAAGAACCAGACUUGAAAAUAGGCCCUCCAAGAGGAUUCAUUACAGACCUACAAAUGCAGCCCUCUUGUGCCCAGAUGAACAGAGUGGAUCCUGGAACUUCCCAGACCGAUACUUAUUCCCACCUAAAUGAUUACUGUGAUGAAAUGGUACAAGACCAUGGUCAAUACAGCUACCUACCACAGAUUACAGUAUCUCUGAUGGAGAGGAUGGGCCCAGAGCCGUUAGACUCUUUAACCAACAUGAAUGAGUCUAGCACACCCUUGACGGCACAAACCACAACUGAGCCUGAAGUAAGAAAGAUGCGCCACAAACGCACUUCAUUCACCAAAGAACAGCAUGAAGAGUUGGAGUCUCUGUUUAGCCAUACCAUGUUUCUGGAUAAAAAUCUUCAGAAGAAAAUGGCUUUGAAACUCAAGCUACCAGAGUCAACAGUAAAGAAUUGGUUCAAGAACCGGCGACUCAAGUGGAGAAAACAGAAUCAGCAAGAGCAACCACUAAAGAUGUCAAAAAAGAAACUUUUAAACAACAAACUGCCCAACUUACCCCAACAACCUACGAAUGCUCAUACUUCUUACCCUGCUGUUUCAGAUUUCUGCAGCUCCUCUCACACUCAUCCCUUAGGCCCUUCCAACUGCACACAGGACUCCAUCAUGACUCUGAGUCUACCAAGUGACAUCCAGAUGCCCGAUACUCAGUUGGAAAGUCUAGAGGCCACAGUUCCUGCUUUGUUUCCUGAUUCCUAUGACAUAACCCAAAUCAUGGAACUGUAUAGUUUUCCUGAUGAGGAGCUAACCAGUUCUUCAUUUGAAUGUCUUUAUCAGUAUCUCUCACCCCAAAGCCCUAGAUAG